AUGUCGUCGCGCCCGAGCCUCUUCUCCGCCCAGCCGGACGCACAGCGCGCGCACUUCAGCGAUCUCGACGACAGCGGCGAUGAGCGGAAGAAGAAGCGAAUCAAGAAAGCUCCCGCCUCCACCGCACCUCCACCGCCGAAAUCCGCUCGCCGCAAGACAGCAUCGCUCGUAGGGAAGCGAAGAUUGCAGUCCACCCGCCGCCCGCGCCAGCUCUUCGAUGAGACCGACGACGAAGACGAGAGGCCUGAGGACCUGCUGCCCGACUAUCUCAAAAAGCGGCGCAACGACAUGGCCAUCCAGCACAAAGACGGCGGCGACAUGGGGCUGCGAUUGCCUCCGAAACACGACGAAACUGACACUGCUCCAGAUGAGCGUCUCGAGGCCAAACCGAGCCUGCCGGGCGUCACGCCUCCCCAGCCAUUCGAAAAAAUCAGGCUCGGCAAACAGACACACAUCCCCGCCUCGAUCGCCCAAUAUUUAAAACCAUACCAGAUCGACGGAGUGAAGUGGCUUUACAAAAAAUUCGAAAAUCAAGAAGGCGCGCUUCUCGGCGACGAUAUGGGUCUCGGAAAGACCAUACAGGUCAUUUCCUUUCUCACAGCCGCCUUCGGCAAAACCGGAGACGAACGAGACAGCAAGAGGAUGAGAAAAUUCAGAAAAAAAUCCCCGGGUGGGUGGUACCCACGCGUGCUCAUUGUGUGCCCGGGCACACUCAUUGAAAACUGGAAGGCAGAGUUCGACCGCUGGGGCUACUGGCUCAUCUACACAUACCACGGCAACGAGAAGGAAGCCGCCCUGGCAGCAGCAGAAGCCGGAAUGCUGGAGAUAAUGAUCACAACAUACGACACGUACAAGCGGGAUGAAAGCGCCAUCAACUGCGUGCCCUGGGACUGUGUGAUCGCAGACGAGUGCCACACCAUCAAAGAGCGCACAUCACAAAACACCAAAGCGAUGAGCAACAUCAACGCCCUCUGCCGUAUUGGACUGAGCGGCACCGCAAUACAAAACAAGUACGAAGAGCUGUGGACACUUCUCAAUUGGGCAAAUCCUGGCUGCGUCAGCUCAGUCGGAAACUGGAAGAGCACGAUAUGCGUACCACUGAAGAUGGGCCAAAGCCACGAUGCGACCCUAUCGCAACUCGCCAAAGCUCGACGCAUAGCAACACAGCUCUCGCAAAACCUCCUUCCCAACUUCUUUAAGCGCCGCACCAAGGCCUUGAUCGCACACCAGCUGCCCAAAAAGAGCGACCGCGUUGUAUUCUGCCCUCUCACCGAAACACAAGUCACUGCCUACCAGAACUUCACCGACUCCGAGCUUGUGCAUGCCAUUCGAGACGCCUCUGAACCAUGCUUUUGUGGCUCGGGCAAGAAGCAAGGCUGGUGCUGCAGAAGAUAUAUCGAAGGCUUCGGCGAGUGGCAACACCAUGUCUUCCCAGCGCUUGUCACAUUACAGAAGCUUGCGAACCACGUUGCAUUGAUGGUACCAAAGGCCGAGUCUGAUGCUGAGCGACUCGAAAAGGACUUGGAGAAGCUUAAGAUUGCACUCCCGGACAGUUGGGAGGAAUGGUACAGUAACAGAGAAAAUCUGGCGUACCUGGCAAAGCCCGAGUUCUGCGGAAAGUGGAACGUCCUGAAGAAGUUGAUGAAGUUAUGGUACGAGAACGGCGACAAGGUUCUCAUCUUCUCUCAUUCGGUCAGACUGCUUCGAAUGCUGGAUCUCUUACUGAAGUUCAAGACCGACUACAACCUCUGCUUCUUGAACGGCAGCAUGUCCUACGCAGAACGACAAAAGGCAGUAGAUGAUUUCAACUCCGACCCAAGCCAAUUCGCAUUCCUCAUCUCAACCAAGGCUGGAGGCGUCGGACUGAAUAUCACGAGCGCGAACAAGGUCGUUGUCGUUGACCCGAACUGGAACCCUGCGUACGACCUUCAAGCCCAAGACAGAGCAUACCGUAUCGGUCAGACCCGCGAUGUCGAAGUCUUCCGCCUUGUCUCCGCCGGCACCGUAGAGGAGAUUGUAUACGCACGCCAGAUCUACAAGCAGCAACAAGCCGCCAUCGGGUACAAUGCUUCCAUCGAGCGCCGCUACUUCAAGGGCGUCCAAGACCAGAAAGACCAGAAAGGCGAGAUCUUCGGCCUAGCAAACCUCUUCGCCCCAAAUCAGACUAAUGUUGUGCUCCGAGACAUCGUCAACAAGACAAACAUCGCCGAAAGCAGAGCAGGCGUCGAAGUCGCUGGGCUAGACCUUGAAGUCAGCCAAGAAGAUGAAGGAGACGAACUCAACCCAGACCAAGAAGACGCCGCGAUCCACGCCCUCGCUGCCGAAAUCAUUGACGAACCAGGCCGAAAGCGCAAACUUGCGCAAGAGACGGCGAAGAAGCGUGACCCCGUACAAGCGAUUCUGGCUUCGGCUGGCGUUGCGUAUACCCAUGAGAACGCGGAGGUUAUUGGCACGAGUAAGAUCGAGACGAAGCUGUCGAGCAGAGCACAGAAAGGCGCGGAUGACCCAGACUACAUCAACGAAUUCGCUUUCGCUCGCUCUCAGCAUUCACAGACCACGGUGCCGGCGGAUAGGGAUAUGAGAAAUGACAGAGUUUACGAGGAAAACGGAGAUGGCGAGGUGGACACAAGUGAGGAGGUCAAAGUGAAGUAUCGGUUCCAGCCGCCGGAGGAAGUGAGACGGCGUCAGUUUUGCAGCAUGGCCGCUCAGUUCGGGUACGAUGACGUCGCGGAGUUUGCGCUGGUGGUGGAGGGGUGGACGCAGCAGCAGAGACGGGACUGCCUGGAGACUUUCUACAGGCAGAGGAAAAGUUUAGUUGUUUAG